AUGUCGACAUCAUAUCAAGUUCCUAACUACUCGCUGUCGGACUACGCCAAGUUUGCCUUGGCUGGUGCCAUCGGUUGCGGUGCCACGCACUCUGCGAUGGUUCCAAUCGACGUGGUCAAGACCAGAAUCCAGCUCGAGCCUCUUAAGUACAGCAGCGGUAUGGUAGGGUCUUUCCGCAAGAUCGUCGGUGAGGAGGGUGCCGCCGCGCUGUUGACCGGGUUUGGCCCAACUCUGCUAGGCUACUCUAUGCAGGGUGCGUUCAAGUUCGGGGGUUACGAAGUGUUCAAGAAGGCGUUCGUGGACGCUCUAGGCUACGAGACCGCCUGCCAGUACCGUACUCCUAUCUACAUCGGUUCUGCCGCGAUCGCCGAGUUUUUCGCGGACAUCGCACUAUGUCCGUUGGAGGCCACGAGAAUCAGACUUGUCUCGCAGCCUACUUUCGCCAACGGUCUUGUUGGCGGCUUUGCACGUAUCCUUAAAGAGGAGGGUAUCGGUUCUUUCUACAACGGUUUCACCCCAAUUUUGUUCAAGCAGAUUCCAUACAACAUCGCUAAGUUUGUCGUUUUCGAGCACGCCGCGAACGCCUACUUCGGUCUUGCUGGCAGCAAGGAGAACUUGAGCACCACUGCUGCCACUGGUAUUAACUUGCUAGCUGGUUUGACUGCUGGUUUAGCUGCUGCUGUGAUUUCCCAGCCUGCCGACACUUUGUUGUCCAAGGUCAACAAGACCAAGAAGGCUCCAGGUCAGUCCACCUUCGGCCUAUUGAUGCAAUUGGCCAAGCAGCUAGGUUUCGUCGGUUCUUUUGCCGGCUUGCCUACUCGUCUCGUGAUGGUUGGUACCUUGACCUCGUUGCAGUUCGGUAUCUACGGCAAGUUGAAGCAGUCCUUGGGCUGCGGUCCUGCCGUUGAGAUCGGCAAGGGCCACUAA